AUCUGCAUCGCAAUGGCACAUACUACACUGUGCUCAUGUCUAUUAGUUCUCUGGCGAGUAUCGAGCACAUCGUCCUGGGGGCCAGCUUCGUCAAGGGGCAGAACCGUCUGGUGGGGCAAGUGAUGGGGUGUCUGAUUGCGCUCGUCGUCAACAUGACCGUGUACGACAAUCCGUAUGCUCUGCUGUUUCUGUGGGCCGUUGUGUCGUAUGCUGCCGUGUACAUGUUCGACUUUGCGGCUCUCCCGGCAGCUCAGCUGUAUCUGGGCUCAGGGUUCUUGUCAUGUGCCAUGAGG